UGGAUGAGGAGAUCGAUGAGAAGAGAGUAAACCCUAGGAGGCAGCAGCAGACACACACAGAGGAGAACAGAGCAAACAGCCAAAGAUGGACAAGGCCAUUAAGAGGUUCAUUGUGAGGAACAUUGUGGAGCAGGCUGCUAUCAGAGAUGUUCAGGAAGCCAGUGUCUACGAUGGAUACACCUUACCUAAGCUGUAUGCAAAGACUCAGUACUGUGUCUCUUGUGCUAUCCACUCUCACGUCGUUAGAGUUCGAUCCCGCACCAACCGUAGGGUCCGUACUCCUCCACCCCGUUUUGUCAGACGCAAGGAUGAUGCUCCUAAGCCUGGACAACCAGGAAAAGCCCCUCGUCCAGCUGGUCCUGGAGCUAGUGCUGCACCCCGUGUCUGAAGCCUGCAAUCUGCUUAAACUAUAGCUUCAAUUUUCAAAAACGUUUGUUUUUCUUUUAUGUUGGCUUCAGAUUAUAUGGAUUAUAUUGCCAUGUGAAUCUCCAAGUGCUUUUUAGUAAUUUUCUUGACUUUGUUAUUAUUAUAUAAAAAAUUCUAUAGUUUUGCAAUA